AUAGCGUCUGCAAUCUAAAAUCUUCACAUUUGGUGGUCCAUAGCUCAGGGGAAACUAGCUACGUAAAACUGCUCGAUGCGGUACCAGUUAACAUGAAAUUUAACGCAACGGCUUUAUUCCAGCUUGAAAAGCGAUACUGCCUGCAGUGUAUGGGGAAUAUCUGAAUAACAACACGAAAGUUGGCCUCUGCCGGGUAUUUCCUAAUGAAUCACUUUCGACAUCCAUCAGCGUUUCAUGCCACUACCAAGCAAGCACAGCUUCUUUUUGAAGAUUGGAAGCUAUCCUCAUCGACAAUUCUUAUUGGUUCAUGUGCUGGUGUAUUCUUCCUGUCAAUCCUGAGCGAAUGCGUCAGAGCUCUGAGAUCACGAAUAGCCGAUCAAACGACUAGUGAAAACCCCAACGCUACCACCACCUACAAAACCUCAUUCCCCAAGAGCACAAAAAAUGAGGAAUUUCAAAAAGACCUGCAAACGGAAGCAAAUGGUCCACAAAGAGAUGUGUCAUCAUCAGAGGCAGCUACAGAUGAGAACACAGCUUGCACUAUUCAGAAUGGCUCUGGAAAUGAAUUGCUGCCGGAUAUUAAACAAGAACGACCAAAACUAAAAAUAACCAGCAAGAUUCAUUUUCUCCAACUCUCACUGCAUAUCCUGCAAGUCAUCUUGGGUUAUGCUCUCAUGCUUGUCAUAAUGACAAUGGAUAUUUGGCUUGGGCUUGCUGUGGUACUCGGCCUGGGGACUGGAUACUUCAUCUGUACAGGGCCUUUUCAACACAGUGGUCCCCUGGUGCAUCUUGGGAAAAUUAUGAGCAUAAUACCACUUAAGGCUAUUGCUCAUUAGCAUAUUAAUGCUAAGUCUCCUUGGAAAAUGCACCUGACGGUUAAUAUGCCUUUGCUUUCUUAUACAAAAGGAAGUGACAGUAAAUUAUGGUAAAUUGAGGUGAUAAAAUGGGUACGAAGCACCAAAACAGUUUGGCGGUGCCCCAAAUGGCUCAACCAGGCUCUAAUAAUUACUAUGCUGAAAUGAAAAUAGAUUUCUCUCCAUUCAAUUUGAAUUUCAAAUAAGCAAACUUUUUUCAACUCUUGAUCUUCUUUUAUUUAUAUAGGAUCACUUAUUUUUUCAAGUGUUGCAGUUAUGUUAAAAACAAACAGGGAUUUAUUCUUUGAUUUAGAGAUUAAAAAGUCUAUACUAAGCUAUUUGUGUCAAAUAUCAUAGAUUAUGAAUGUAUUGCAUUUUAAAAGAAAAUAGGGAAAACUGAUUUCUUGUUUAAAUUUAAUUUUGAUUAUCAAAUAAGCACUUUAAAUUAAGCACUUAAUACAUUUUUCAUUUUUGAAAAAGGUGUAAAACAGGGAUUUUUAUCUAUAAUCCAGAUAUUUUUUAUUCAUAAAGGGGAAUAUUUUUUGCUUCAAACAACACCAAAAUAAAAUAAACAAUUUUCUGAGAAAAAAAAUUAUUUAAGUCUUAUUAGGGCUUGGGAAAUAUUCCAUCUAGCGUAAUUUACAUAGAAAUCAAUUUUUGUGGGUCUGUAAAAGGAACAUUUUCUUGUACUUCUUGCUUUAACCAAGAGAAUAAAUUGUAUAAUUGUAAAAAUUAUAUUAAUAGUUUAGUAAAAAAACAAUAAUUUAUUGUGACAA